AUGGAUCUCAUGGAGUUGGGAGACAUGGGCAGUGGCUGUGAAGAUAAAAACUGUGGCCUUGCAUCGGGUUUCAUGGAAGACUGCUCCAACCAAGAGUGCCAGUGGGAGGAACCUAUGUUUGGACUGAUUGAGUUGGUGUGUGUGACUGCGAUUUACAUUCCACUGAUGAUCUUUGGCCUUUUUGGAAAUAUACUAACGAUUCUGGUGGUUUGGCUACGUCCACACAUGAGAAGCUCUACCUACCUGUACCUGAGCAGCAUGGCAGUUAGUGAUCUGUUGAUACUCCUACUGCUCCCUCUGGAUCUAUAUAAGCUCUGGAGGCCCAGACCCUGGCCCUUAGGAGACCUUGCCUGUAAGCUGACCAUGUUCCUCUCAGAAUGCUGCACCUUCUGUACCAUCCUCCACAUCACCUUCCUCUCCCUGGAGAGGUACCUGGCGGUCUGCUGGCCAAUCACAGCCAAGACCCUGGUGACACGGCGCAGAACCAGGGCUCUCAUUGGCUGCCUCUGGCUGGGUGCAGCCGUCAGUGCAGCACCAGUGCUGGUCAUGGUUGGAGUGGAGGACGUUGGGGGAGAGGAACUAGGAUGGAGAGAGGAUGGAGGGUGGACAGGCAGGGAAGGAGAACAGGGAGAACUUAUGACAGAUGGAGGGAAAGGAGGAAGUGGAUGGAUGACCUCGAUGGAUGGAAGAUUAGAGGAAAUAAAGUGGGAAGAAAAAGAGACAAAAGGAUGGGGUGAAAGAGUUGGAGAGUUAAAUUGGUUUGAAGAGAAAGGAGAAAGGAAACUGGGAAUAGGACAAAAAGACGAGAGGAAACAAGGAGAUGGAGGAGAAAUGAAAGAUGAAAACCAAGCAGAUGAGGGCGGAGGCGGAGAAGAAGGAAAGAUGGAAGUUGAGGGAGCAAAUAAAAUGAAAGAAGAUGAGGGAGGAGGAAGGGAAGGGGGUGUCAAUGGAGGUGACGGAGGAGAGAUGGACAAGACAGAGUGCCGCUGUACGCACUAUGCCGUCUCCUCUGGCCUGCUGUCGGCCAUGAUGAUUCUCUCCAACUUGUACUUCCUGAUACCAGUCUGCAUCCUGGGACUGGUCUACAGCCUGAUUGGACGGACACUGUGGCUCCGUCCACAAAGCAGCCGCAAAGACCAGAGUCACCGGCACACUGUCAAAAUGCUGGGAGUGAUUGUCUUGGCGUUUGUCCUGUGCUGGCUGCCCUUCCAUGUUGGUCGGACCAUAUUCUCUCUUUCUCUGGGCACCACUGCUAACAGACAGGUGUCUCAGUAUUUCAACCUGGUGUCCUCAGUCCUGUUCUACCUCAGUGCUGCUGUCAACCCUUUACUGUACAACCUGAUGUCUGCCAGAUAUAGGCACGCUGUACACAGCCUCAUACACACACACUCUCAAACACAGACUCACCGACUGCGCUCUACACUCAUGGCACGACACUCCACGACCACUUUGUAA